GCGUCGCACCAAGAAGCCAAUUGAAGGGUUCAUAGUAUGUGGUUCCUAAAUGUAGCAAUCGGGCGUGGAUUAGGAUAUAUUUACCGAAAUAUUUUCUUGAAGUUUACUGAAUCGUACAGCUUGAGCUAGCGGUUGCCCUAAUGUCAGUUGAUUCAUGUAAUAUAAAAAAAUUGGUAUUCGUGAAAUUCUAAGUAACCGAUACAGACUUAAUCUACAUGGUUGUUCCUACGAGCGUGGAAAGCAGAGGAUAAACAUGGCUUCACAGGCACAAGACGAUAGCGAUGAUGGAAUGGACGCGUUCAUGGACAAAUUUACUAAACAGAAAUAUAAAGAUGGCUUUAAUGAGAACAACUGGGAGGAGGAGUUUGACAAGGUGCCCAUGUUCAUGAAGACCACCCCUGAAGAGAUUGACCCCCAGAAAUAUCCAGACCUAGCCUGUUUGCAGUCCAUUAUUCAUGAUGAUGACAGACCACCAGAGGAACAAGCAAGGUCCUUAAAAGAUGAAGGGAAUGAAUACUUCAAGGAGAAGAACUAUAAGAAGGCUGUUGUGGCAUACUCGGAGGGUCUGAAAAAGAAAUGCAGUGACACUGACCUGAAUGCCGUCCUACACACAAACAGAGCAGCUGCACAAUUCCACCUGGGUAACAUGCGUUCUGCUUUGAAUGAUGCAGUUGCUGCCAAGAAGCUUAAACCAGACCAUCUUAAAGCACUGUUGAGAGGUGCCCAGUGUUGCAUUGAGUUGCGCAGCUAUGGUGAGGCUCUCCAGUGGUGUGAGGAGGGACUCCGGAUUCAGCCCAAGGACAAGAAACUGCAAGAGCUGCGCACUGCAGCUGACAAACUGAAAAGGACAGCGGAGAGAGAUGCUAGGAAAGCAACGGCGAAGGAGAAGAAGGAACACACUGAGAGAGAGGCCCUGCUGGGUACUAUCCAGGAGCGUGGCAUUAAAUUGCUUAAGCUAGAGCGACCUUCCAAGCGUAGUUCCGACAAUGAAGAGGAGGACGGGGACUUUGGCCCAUAUGCAGCUAUGGCGGGGCUCGAUCUUAAUGGCUUGAGUUCUCAAGAGGCCACAGGAGCUACAGUGUACCUGGAUGAGCAAGGCACACUGCACUGGCCUGUCCUCUUCCUGUAUCCAGAGCACCAUCAGACAGAUUUUGUAUCUGCCUUCAGCGAGUCUACCUGCUGUAUAGAUCACCUGGCAGUCAUGUUUGGGGAAGAGCUUCCUCCCUGGGAUACUGACAGAAAGUAUCACCCCCAGAACUUAGAGCUGUACUUUGAGGAUUACAAGACAAAACGGCUAUAUCAGGUCGAUCUGGAAACCCCCCUUCUACGUAUCCUGCAGCAUGACAGGUGUUUUGUGAAGCAAGGGACACCCAGCUUCAUUGUACUGGUAAAGGGGUCUGCUUUCUGUAAGGACUUCCUGUCAGGGAAGAAGGUUCACAGACUGAAAUGAAAUAUUCAGCAUGAGAAGUGUACUAACUGAAAACAGUUCAUCACCAACCAAACCCAAUGAAAACAGCUCUCAACAACCCUGGAUUGACUGUUUGGCGUGGCUAUGGUUCCCUGUGGAGAACUUAAUAUGACUUAAAACUUAAAUGAACCCAAUUCAUUUUUUUCCUUCAUAAGAGAACAUUGCGUAUCUAGUUAAGUGUAGAUGUUCUGAAUAAGGAUAUCUGCUAAAACAAACAUUGAAGCUUGCAUGAUCCUUUAAGUAAUAUCAGUCUCCCAAAAGGACGUUUUGAAAGAUGUACCAUACGCACGAGGAAUAGUGUGUGUUACAGCUUUAGAAUAGAACUGGAAUGAAGGAAAUGUGCAUUUGAAGAGGUCAGAAGGAAGUGUUUGAGAGCACGGUGAAAGAAAUAAUUCUUAUUUGGGAAGUAUUUCAAGAUCAUGAGAAAUUUUUUAAAGGUAAUAAAAAGAAAAUCCAAUCAGAAAA